AUGCAGUGGAAGUUAAAUCGACUGCAGCGCUGGGGCCUGAAGUUUUUCAUUUCAACCCCCCCUCCCCUUCCCACCCCAUCCAUUACUAUUAUUCUUUUGAAGAUUCUUCGUUGUCAAGCCGCCAAAGUGGAGAGUGCGAUUGCAGAAGGGGGUGCUUCUCGUUUCAGUGCUUCUUCGGGCGGAGGAGGAAGUAGGGGUGCACCUCAGCACUAUCCCAAGACUGCUGGCAACAGCGAGUUCCUGGGGAAAACCCCAGGGCAAAACGCUCAGAAAUGGAUUCCUGCACGAAGCACUAGACGAGAUGACAACUCCGCAGCAAACAACUCCGCAAAUGAAAAAGAACGACAUGAUGCAAUCUUCAGGAAAGUAAGAGGCAUACUAAAUAAGCUUACUCCUGAAAAGUUUGACAAGCUAUGCCUUGAGCUCCUCAAUGUGGGUGUAGAGUCUAAACUCAUCCUUAAAGGGGUCAUACUGCUGAUUGUGGACAAAGCCCUAGAAGAGCCAAAGUAUAGCUCACUGUACGCUCAGCUAUGUCUGCGAUUGGCAGAAGAUGCACCAAACUUUGAUGGCCCAGCCGCGGAGGGUCAGCCAGGACAGAAGCAAAGCACAACAUUCAGACGCCUCCUAAUUUCCAAAUUACAAGAUGAAUUUGAAAACCGAACCAGAAAUGUUGAUGUCUAUGAUAAGCGUGAAAAUCCCCUUCUCCCUGAGGAGGAGGAACAGAGAGCCAUUGCUAAGAUCAAGAUGUUGGGGAACAUCAAAUUCAUUGGAGAACUUGGCAAGCUUGAUCUUAUUCAUGAAUCUAUCCUUCAUAAGUGCAUCAAAACACUUUUGGAAAAGAAGAAGAGAGUGCAACUCAAAGAUAUGGGAGAGGAUUUGGAGUGCCUCUGUCAGAUAAUGAGAACAGUGGGACCUAGAUUAGACCAUGAACGAGCCAAGUCCUUAAUGGAUCAGUACUUUGCCAGAAUGUGUUCCUUGAUGUUAAGUAAGGAAUUGCCAGCGAGGAUUCGUUUCCUGCUGCAGGAUACCGUAGAGUUGCGAGAACACCAUUGGGUUCCUCGCAAGGCUUUUCUUGACAAUGGACCAAAGACGAUCAAUCAAAUCCGGCAAGAUGCAGUCAAAGAUCUAGGAGUGUUUAUUCCUGCUCCUAUGGCUCAAGGGAUGAGAAGUGGUGGCUUCUUUCUGGAGGAACCGUUUAUGCCACCAAGGAUGAAAAUGGAUAGGGAUCCACUUGGAGGACUUGCUGAUAUGUUUGGACAAAUGCCAGGUAGCGGAAUUGGUACUGGUCCAGGAGUUAUCCAGGAUAGAUUUUCACCCACCAUGGGACGUCAUCGUUCAAAUCAGCUCUUCAAUGGCCAUGGGGGACACAUCAUGCCUCCCACACAAUCGCAGUUUGGAGAGAUGGGGGGCAAGUUUAUGAAAAGCCAGGGGCUAAGCCAGCUCUACCAUAACCAGAGUCAGGGACUCUUAUCCCAGCUGCAAGGACAGUCGAAGGAUAUGCCACCUCGGUUUUCUAAGAAAGGACAGCUUAAUGCAGAUGAGAUUAGCUUGAGGCCUGCUCAGUCGUUCCUGAUGAAUAAAAAUCAAGUGCCAAAGCUUCAGCCCCAGAUAACUAUGAUUCCUCCCAGUGCACAGCCACCACGCACUCAAACACCACCUCUGGGACAGACACCUCAGCUUGGUCUCAAAACUAAUCCACCACUUAUUCAGGAAAAGCCUGCCAAGACUAGCAAAAAGCCACCACCAUCAAAGGAAGAACUUCUCAAACUAACUGAAACUGUUGUCACAGAAUAUCUGAAUAGUGGAAACGCAAAUGAGGCCGUCAGCGGUGUGAGAGAAAUGAGAGCUCCUAAACACUUUCUUCCAGAGAUGUUAAGCAAAGUGAUCAUCCUGUCACUAGACAGAAGUGAUGAAGAUAAAGAAAAAGCAAGCUCUUUGAUCAGUUUACUUAAGCAGGAAGGGAUAGCCACAAGUGACAACUUCAUGCAGGCUUUCCUGAAUGUAUUGGACCAGUGCCCCAAGCUGGAGGUUGACAUCCCCUUGGUGAAAUCAUAUUUAGCCCAGUUUGCAGCUCGUGCCAUCAUUUCAGAGCUGGUGAGCAUCUCAGAACUGGCUCAACCCCUGGAGAGUGGCACCCAUUUCCCUCUCUUCUUACUUUGUCUUCAGCAACUCGCUAAACUACAAGAUCGAGAAUGGUUAACUGAACUUUUUCAACAAAGCAAGGUCAAUAUGCAGAAAAUGCUCCCAGAAAUUGAUCAGAAUAAAGACCGCAUGUUGGAGAUUUUGGAAGGAAAGGGACUGAGUUUCUUAUUCCCACUCCUCAAAUUGGAGAAGGAACUAUUGAAGCAAAUUAAGUUGGAUCCAUCCCCUCAAACUAUAUAUAAAUGGAUUAAAGAUAACAUCUCUCCCAAACUUCAUGUAGAUAAAGGAUUUGUGAACAUCUUAAUGACCAGCUUCUUACAGUAUAUUUCUAGUGAAGUAAACCCACCCAGUGAUGAAACAGAUUCUUCCUCUGCUCCUUCCAAAGAACAGUUAGAGCAGGAAAAACAACUGCUGCUUUCUUUCAAGCCAGUGAUGCAGAAAUUUCUUCAUGAUCAUGUUGAUCUACAAGUCAGUGCCCUGUAUGCUCUGCAAGUGCACUGUUUCAACAGCAACUUUCCAAAAGGCAUGUUACUUCGCUUUUUUGUUCACUUCUACGAUAUGGAAAUUAUCGAGGAAGAAGCUUUCUUGGCUUGGAAAGAAGACAUAACUCAAGAAUUUCCAGGAAAAGGCAAGGCUUUGUUCCAGGUGAAUCAGUGGCUAACCUGGCUAGAAACUGCUGAAGAAGAAGAAUCAGAGGAAGAAGCUGACUAAAGAACCAGCCAAAGCCUUAAAUUGUGCAAAACAUACUGUUGCUAUGAUGUAACUGCAUUUGACCUAACCACUGCGAAAAUUCAUUCCGCUGCAAUGUUUUCACAAUAUUUAAAGCAGAAGCACGUCAGUAAGGUUUCCUUCUGCAUAAGGUUUUUUGUAGUUGUAAUGUCUUAAUCAUAGUCUACCAUCAAAUAUUUUAGGAGUAUCUUUAAUGUUUAGAUAGUAUAUUAGCAGCAUGCAAUAAUUACAUCCUAAGUUCUCAAGCAGAGGCAGUCUAUUGCAAGGACCUUCUUUGCUGCCAGUUAUCAUAGGCUGUUUUAAGUUAGAAACUGAAUAGCAACACUGAAUACUGUAGAAAUGCACUUUGCUCAGUAAUACUUGAGUUGUUGCAAUAUUUGAUUAUCCAUUUGGUUGUUACAGAAAAAUUCUUAACUGUAAUUGAUGGUUGUUGCCGUAAUAGUAUAUUGCCUGUAUUUCUACCUCUAGUAAUGGGCUUUAUGUGCUAGAUUUUAAUAUCCUUGAGCCUGGGCAAGUGCACAAGUCUUUUUAAAAGAAACAUGGUUUACUUGCACAAAACUGAUCAGUUUUGAGAGAUCAUUAAUGCCCUUGAAGUGGUUUUUGUGGGUGUGAAACAAAUGGUGAGAAUUUGAAUUGGUCCCUCUUAUUAUAGUAUUGAAAUUAAGUCUACUUAAUUUAUCAAGUCAUGUUCAUGCCCUGAUUUUAUAUACUUGUAUCUAUCAAUAAACAUUGUGAUACUUGA